GUUGCUGCUGUCGACAAUCCGUGGUGGAUUUUCUCCUAUGUUAUAAUAUCAACUGCAUGAAUCCCCUCCUUCGUCCCAAGUCAACGAGCAUAUCUCAACAAGAACAGUCAUGCACUUGCGCCUCAAAAAGGCGCUAUUCCCAGACCAGCCUAGCCCUCUUUCCCAGGACAUCUCCGAUCACCGGCGCACCCCAAAAAAUCCGCGUGAGCACCUGAGAAACCACACAUCUCUUCACAAUGGCGGCUCGAACCCUCCGAAUAGGCCUCAUCCCCGGCGACGGCAUAGGCCGCGAAGUUAUCCCCGCAGGACGGCGAAUCCUCGAAGCCCUACCCUCGUCCUUGAACCUCAAAUUCAGCUUCACACACCUCGAUGCGGGCUUUGAAACGUUUCAGAAGCAGGGUGUUGCGCUGCCGGAGAAGACGGUCGAGGCGUUGAAAUUGGAUUGUGAUGGUGCGCUGUUUGGAGCUGUUUCAUCCCCAACCGUGCAAACGAAGGGCUACUCCUCCCCUAUUGUCGCGCUACGCAAGCGCCUCUCCCUAUACGCCAACGUCCGCCCCGUGAAAUCCAUCUCCACCUCCACCUCCCCCGUUGACCUUGUCAUUGUCCGCGAAAACACCGAAGACCUGUACGUCAAAGAAGAGCGGACCUACGCGGCAGCCGAUGGCACCAAAAUCGCGGAAGCCAUCAAGCGGAUUUCGGAAAACGCGAGUUUCCACAUCGCGACCAUGGCGGGAGAUAUUGCGCUGCGGCGACAGAGGGUUAGAGAUAGUGGCGUCGAGAGUAUACAUACCGGGCCGGUUGUUACGAUUACGCAUAAGAGUAACGUGUUAAGUCAGACCGACGGCUUGUUUCGCGAGACAGCGAGAAAGGCGCUAGCGCGGGAUGCGUACCAGAGGGUCAAGGUGGAGGAGCAGAUUGUCGAUAGCAUGGUGUACAAGCUCUUCCGCCAACCAGCCUCCUACGACGUUAUCGUUGCGCCCAAUCUCUACGGUGACAUUCUGUCAGACGGCGCAGCGGCCCUCGUCGGUAGCCUCGGGCUCGUUCCGUCGGCGAAUGUUGGACAUGGGUUUGUUAUCGGCGAGCCGUGUCAUGGGUCUGCGCCGGAUAUUGAGGGACAGGGAAUCGCGAAUCCAAUUGCGACAAUUCGGUCUACGGCUUUGAUGUUGGAGUUUCAAGGCGAAGAGAGGGCUGCUGCGGUAAUCUAUAAGGCCGUGGAUGCGAAUUUGGAGGAAGGGAGACUGUUGACGCCAGAUAUGGGGGGCAAGGCUACGACGGAGGAGGUUAUUGAGGAUGUGUGUAGGAGGUUGUAAGACAGUAAGGGACAUUAGAACUAUAUAGAGCCAGAUACCAUUAAAAGC